CCACUGGCCUUUUACACUUCUAACGAAUCAUCCAAUUGGAAGUCGACACGUUUGCUAAUCAGCACCCGACCAGCGUCUCCCAGCGGCGCUGAAACUGUUCCACUUUUUUUUACCGCUUUGCUGCAGAUCCAGAGCAGCGCACAGCAUACUAUGAUGACGUGUAAAAUUACCUUUGGCUGCUUUUGUCCGUCACGCGGGACGAGAGGUUGUGUCCGACACGUGUCGAAGCAGAGUUGGAAGAGUGGGUGCGGACAUGGUCGGAUGCGUUCACGUCGUCGGUUUGAUAUUUUCACCCCUCGGAGAGUCGGGAUUUAAUCCCGAAUAAUUUAAUGUAGAACAAACAAGCCCACUUUGUAAGGCAACUUCUCAUGGAUCUGAGGGUGACUAUAUCAACCGCGGAAGCCAAGAAGGAAAAGGAGAGAAUAAAGAGGAGGACCGGAACACAGGGGGAUUCAGACACGAGAAACUGUGCACCGACAACCGUUUGCGUCACCGGACGUAGAAGGAGGGGGUGGUGCUCUUCGUCGGAACGGUACACCGGGGAAGGAGGACUGGCGGGAGCAAGGAGGCGGGCGUCGGACUGCGCGAACCGGCGGCAGAGGAUGAAGGCCAAGACCGUGGUGUCCUGGUGGCGGAGGGGGGUGGUCUUCCCCGUCAAGCGAGCUUGGCUCGCCGUCUCCUCCCGCGUGGAGACUCGGAAGCACGGGAAAGGGAUUCUUAAGCUCUAUGAUGAUGUGCAAAUGUGUGGCUACCAAGAUGUGCAGGUUAUGUGGGAGAUUCUGACCAAACCUGAGAUGGAGACACCAAAGAGGCUGAAGCAGAGGAAGGGAUCGAUAUGGCGACUGUCAUCCUGCUGCAGAAGAACAAGAUUCUCCCUGAUGCAAUGGAAAACUAUCAGUGAAACAGUAGAUGAGAAAGGUAAAUAAAGCUUGGCUAUGUCAUGAGAUCAUAACAAGUAGAGAUGACUGUAGAGUCUUGCAAGACUCAGGUGUACCUGUACAUAUGAUAUCUAUCACAAACCUCUCCCAUCAACUGAGGUGGAAGAAGGGUUUUAAGCUGUUGUCAAUUGUAUCUCUUCAAGCCUUUGUUAUUCCUCAUCUAUCUUAUUAACUGUUACAUCACAACUAAACUCUGCUUCCUUCAUGCUCAUAAAAGAGGAUAUACGAAUCUAAACCAGCACCAUGGAAAAAAAUUGGAUCUCAAGUAGAUCCAGUACAGAAGCUUGAUAGCUUUAUUGUCAGUUCUUAAUUGACAUUAUUAGAUUUAGACCUACAAAGGAACCACUGAGUCAACUUUAGGUUUUGAAUCUAUGCAUGUUAGGAUUCCAACUGGAUCCUACUUGACUUGGACAGAAAUAACAAACAUUAGCUAACCAAAUCAAUUCCAGUCACAAAAAGAUUAAAAAAAGAAAAAAAAAAUACAAUGCCUUGGAGCCAUGCUUUGCCACCGCAACCAUCAUCAGAUCCACUUGGUUCUGAUGAUUUGACACAAUGAUGCUCAUGCUAUAAUCUACAUAAACCUUGUAUGCACUAUGUAUUUGUUUAGGAUUUGAGCCAAAAAAGAUGCCAUUGUCUAAAUGCAUCAGAGCACUAACAUUGGUCAAGUCACCAUCUUACAUCCAUUAUCUAUUUGAGCCCACUGCACAGACAGUGACACUCUUCCACUUCCAUUCAGUGACCAAAAUUGAUACAUCCUCAUCCUCAUCACUUCUGAGUUCUAAUUCACAAGCCUAGAGCUUUCUGGGACUAUGCCAAUUUCCUCCUUUUGGAAACUCCUGCAUAAAAAGCUCUACAUCUCUACAGGCACAAACUAUCUGAUGGCAUCACUCCUAGACAGUGAAUAUAUAUAACCCUGUGGGACUAAUUAUGAUGAGCAUCACCAAAAUAUUCUACAAUAUAUGCAACAACUUUUAAACUAUGUUACAGCAUGAUUUAUGGCCUUGCCUUUUGCUUAAACCUUGAGUUUUUCUGACCCAUGACUAAGAAUAUAAUCAAGUACUUACAUGACUUCGAAGUCCCAUAUAAUAAUAUCCUGUCCUACCGGCAAUAAAAUAUUGACAAAUACCUUGAUAUUUGGCCAGUGAAAUUAGGUGUAGUUGUAUGUUCGCCACAUCUGCCAGAUUCUACAAUUCAAAUGAAUAAACUCAAAUCCCACCAACCAAAAGCCAAUGAGAGAAAAAGUAAAGAAGAAAGUUAUUCCAAACACAAAAAACACCCAAAAAUGCCAAUGCAGUACAUACCUCACAAAUCCUAGCCGCCAAAGAAAAAGAGAAAAGAGGAAAACACAUAGAUAGAAAAAAACAUCCCUACACUCAAGUCAGUCAUUAAAAUAUCAGGUUAUGAAUUCUGUGUCAUGCAUAAUGUUAAAAAGUCAAGUCCCAAUUAAAAGCUGCAUUCAGUGUUAUGCAUAAUAUCAAAAUUCAGUACACAUAAUUGCAUCCUUUUCAAGGUGAUAACUCAUUUCAGGUAGAAAUAUGGAACAUCUUAUCUAUUGUUGCUUGUUAGUUCA